UUGCCCAACUUCUCUGUAUAUCGUAGCAGGAUUAUCUGAGGGGCGUUGCCCCAUUUCAAUGUAUAAAAGAACGGCUCAAUAAAUCCUGGGCACUCCUGCCCUGGCAACCCGGAACAUGGUGUCAUGCUGAUACAUGGUGUCAGAAGCGUCUAGCCCGUGCCCUCAUCCACUCGUCUGAAGGAUAGCAGUCAUCGAAUGAAAGCUGCCAGCAUGGAUUUCAUAAAGCCACCGGAGCCGCUGCGGUUGGAAGGCGACAUAAGCAAGCACUGGGAGCUGUUCAAGCAACGGUUUCAACUAUUCCUGACUGCAACGGAACCAGCGAGUAAGAAACGAGAAGCAUCGACGAAAACUGCGUUGCUACUGAGCGUCGCUGGAGAAGAAGCCAUCGAGGUAUACAACACCUUCAGCUUCACGGAAGACGAGUCAAAGGAUGAUUACGACGCAGUAAUCAAGAAGUUCGACGAAUACUUCGCUUCACAAGUAAAUGAGGUUCAUCAGCGCUACCUGUUCCGUAGCCGAAUGCAAGAGCCAGGACUUCUCCCUUGGAGUGUGGCCGGGCGCCAGCAGAGAUCCUCCAAGGCCGCCGACUACGAACACUGCUGCCUGACUUCCAAUGUGGACCAGCCCACCAGGUCGUCAAGCAUCGUCAGCCUCAUACCUCUGCGCAGCCACUAGCAGCACUACACGAAGGCGAUGUCGUGCGAGUCCAGACCGGCACGUGGGCCACGAAAGCACAGGUUCUGAAUCCGUCAACGUACCCGAGGUCGUACCACGUCAUCACGCAGGAAGGGCGGUCCCUUCGGCGUAAUCGAAAACACUUGCUACCGACCGGGGAGACCUUCCGGCGCGACUUCAGUCCCAACGACGCGGAACCCGAGUGCUCGACAUCUGCUCAGCACAUCGAUGGUGAAGCGCCGACUAAUGGUGCUACAGAAGCCGCGGACAUAAUGAGCAGUUCGCCGCCACCGCCAGCCAGCGUUACGACAACCGCGGACAUUUCGGACGGGUCGCCGCCAACGCCAGCACCGAGAAGGUCGCUGAGACAACCAAGACCACCACGACGACUGGAGUAUGAUCGAAACUUCCAGCAGAUUUCUUAAGCCCAUUUUUGUCAUUAUUUAUAUGCUUUACUUUCGUUACAAAUGUGUAACCUCGAGGAGUCAUCACUAUAACAUAUGUAAAUAACUGCAUGGUUUAUUUUUCUUUCUCGUAACGAAAGAGGAUGUAUCGUAUCGCGUCUGAAACGUGUGCUACGGUUGAUAAUCUGAGGGGGCGUUGCCCAACUUCUCUGUAUAUCG